AUGAGAGUAACUUUUAGGGCAGUGCCCGUUUCUCUAUUCAUGUUAGUGAUAAUUAUUUGUUUUUUAAACAAUGUCUUUGCCGCGAAACAAUCUAUCGGCUGUCGUGAUAUGAAAGGCAAACCAGUUGAUUGGUUCAUUGUCUACAAGAUCCCAAAGAUUCGUGAUGUCCCAGAAGUUUAUACACAGGGUCUUGGCUUUUAUUACCUGGAUGUCAACAGCCCAUCAUGGAAAACUUCUCCAGAUCUUUCAAUCGACAAAGGUGGCCAUGCUGUGUAUUAUACAAUGCAACAGAUUUACAAUGAAACAGAUAAUGAUUUCAUGUAUUUGAUGUACAAUGACGAAACUCCUGGUGGCUCUACAAGUGAGUCUUUCGGCCAUACUAAAGGUGUGGUGUCUUUUGAUUACCAAAGUGGUUUCUGGUUGGUCCACAGCACUCCACAUUUUAGUCCUAAACGAAGUGAGGGCUACAGUUGGCCAGACACAGGACACACUUAUGGCCAGUCUUUCCUCUGCAUUUCUUUCCCUUAUUCAGCAAUGAAUGACAUUGGAAAACAAUUGCAAUAUAAUUACCCACAAAUUUAUGACAAGAAUUUUCCAGACAACAUGGCUGGCAGUAAUCCCAAUAUGGCUACUGUGAUUUAUGAUGGUAGUGGUCCAAUAAUUAAAAGCCCACCUUGGUUUAACAAAGUAACUCUUGUGUCUCAAGCAGGCAAUAAAUUUGUGAGCUAUGCAAAAUUUGGCAAGUUUGGAAAAGACCUUUACCAUGAUUGGUUAGCUCCAGAUUUAGGCAGUAACCUUUUGACGGAAACUUGGCAAAAUGGAGCCCACAAAUUGUACUCUGAUUGUACAGGAAAAUAUUCUGUGUUCAAUGUCAAAUACAUAAAAAUGCCUUUUGCGGAACGAGCAGACAUUGAUUUCAAAGAAACAAGAGACCAUUCCAAAUGGGCCAUCACUUACCAAAGUGAUAAAAAAUGGGUAUGCAUUGGUGAUAUCAACCGACAGGAACAUCAGAUGUAUCGUGCAGGAGGCACAGUUUGUUUCAACAAUGAUGCAUUCGACUACAGCCUCACCAUUAAUCCUUCAAAAUCUAAGUCGACGGCGCGGAAAAGCACCGCUGCCCGAAAGAAAACACCUUCCCCUAAAAUGCCCGAAGAAACGACUGAGCCAACAAUAGUGGAUGAGGAGUCGUCUUCUUCAGGUCGACCUAGCCCUAUGGAAACUAUUGAUAUUAUUGAUGUGCCCCCGAAACUUGAAAGAAUGGCCUCCACAUCAUCAUCCACUUCUCCAGUUCCAGCUCGCUCCAAAAGCCCCGGCGACCAAACCAAUAACACAAAUGAAGAAAGCAUUCCUGACUCAACAAGCAAUGGCACCAACAACAAAGCAGUAGACGAAAGUCGUAAAAACGAUGGUCCAUACUAUGUCGAUGGAACAAAUCUAACCGAGUCGUUCCUAGACAGUAGUAGUAGUAGAGGAAAACGUGCGUCUCGUCAAUUGACCAAAGUUCGGGAAAUGGACAAAGAAUUGGCAGCAUGGAUAAACGGUUUCCAUGCAGACAACAAAUUAGAUGAACUCACCCGAGAAAUGAUCACAGACAGAGCUCGGCAGAUUGCCAGGCAAAAGAAAAUAUUGGACUUUUCAGGAACUGCAAAUUGGUAUACGAGAUUCUUGGGUCGAAAUUUUUCCGAUUCUGUAAGAAACAUUUUCUUCUAA